CCGGCCGUGGCGCAGCCACCUCCUCCCUGCGCGCCCGCCUCGCGUCGGCGUGGGCGACGGAGGAAGCUGGACACAGUGUUUAAUGACAGAUCCAUGCUUGAAGAAUAAAAAUGGCUGGCUUCCUGGAUAAUUUUCGUUGGCCAGAAUGUGAAUGUAUUGACUGGAGUGAGAGAAGAAAUGCUGUGGCAUCUGUGGUAGCAGGUAUACUGUUUUUUACAGGCUGGUGGAUAAUGAUUGAUGCGGCCGUGGUGUAUCCUAAGCCAGAACAGUUAAACCAUGCCUUUCACACAUGUGGUGUGUUUUCCACAUUGGCUUUCUUCAUGAUAAAUGCUGUAUCCAAUGCUCAGGUGAGAGGUGACAGCUAUGAAAGCGGCUGUUUAGGAAGAACAGGUGCUCGAGUUUGGCUUUUCAUUGGUUUCAUGUUGAUGUUUGGGUCACUUAUUGCUUCCAUGUGGAUUCUUUUUGGUGCAUAUGUUACGCAAACACUCUGAUCUACAAAUUUGGAAGAACUGAAGAGCUAUGGACCUGAGAUUGCUGCUUAUGUCACAUUUUUGUUUUGUUAUAUUCUAUUUGUAGACAUGUUUUUAUCUCUUAAUACACAUUGCCAAGUGGAAUAGAUUGUGCAUUCAACAUUUUGUUUCUUUACAUUUUUAUGCUCUGAGAUUUGAGAUUUCUGUCCUUUAUAUUUCAUUGACUAGACUGUUAAUAUGUAUAUAAUAUAAGACUAUUUAGAUUGGAUGAUGAGUAUCAGUUUUUUUAUUCCUGAGAUUUAGAACUUGAUCUGUUCCCUGAGCCAGGGUUGUAUCAUCAUGACAUUUUAGAGCUAACUACUCUUUCAGUAUCUCUGAUUUCUGAAAAUGUGCAAAAAAAUAUAGCUCCGUAUAUCUGGAAUAAGCACUGAGCCAUAAAAAAAAGUAUGUCAGCAAGUUGUAAUUUAUUUUGUCCUAAAAAUAAGUUUUUUCUUUUAAAGGAAAAGUGUUUUGUUCUUAUGUCUUAAAGAAGCGGACUUUUUUUUUUUUU